ACGGUGGCGCGCUACCGAUUCAGUUGGUAUAACAAAAACCUCAGUGGUCAAAGAGACAAGCGGGUUCCAGUGGUGGCACUCAUCCGACCGAAGAGAAUCACAAAGACCGUCCAAAAGUCGAAAUAAAUAGGCAAAAUGAAGAGCUUCAUCGUUUUCGGGCUUCUGGCUGUUCUCGUGUUCGGUGCCGAAGAGAAGAAGAAGGACGAUGCGGCGGCCGCGGCUCCUGCAGACGAAGAUAAGCAGAAGACUUACAAAAGAUUGAUCCCAGCUGAUGUAUUGAGAGAUUUCCCUGGAAUGUGCUUCGCCUCCACCAAAUGCGCCACCGUCGAGCCUGGUAAAACUUGGGACUUGACCCCAUUCUGUGGUCGCUCCACCUGCGUGGUCUCCGAAGACCAACCCCCAAGACUUUUGGAACUCGUCGAAGACUGUGGUCCACUGCCACUCGCCAAUCCCAAAUGUAAACUGGACGAAGAAAAAACUAACAAAACUGCACCAUUCCCAAACUGCUGUCCAGCUUUCAAAUGCGAAGACGGAGCUAAAUUGGAGUAUCCCGAAAUUCCAACUGUCGCUCCAGUUCCAGCUGAUGCAGCUGAAACUACCACUACUACUGCCAAAACUUCUUAAACUCAAUAACAGCAACAAAAAAACAUAUCUAUGUGUUUAGUUUCAAUCUUGGUGUUACUUUACAUUUUCAUCUAGCUCUCUAUUACUUAUUGUUUUUUUAAGUUUCUUUUAUUUAAUUUUUUUUAUAUUAUUUUCUCAAACUUUUUCUUCUUCUCCAAAAGGAUUGAAUUGUUUGUAACGCCUUUCUAAAUGUGAUAAUAUGUGACGUAUUUCAUAGUGUAAAUGUAUUUGGCAAAAAUAUAGUUUAUAAUAAGUUUUUGUGUA